GGCUCUUGCCUCUGGUCUGUUCUUGAGGAGAAAUAUUCGUCAGUCCCGCAACAGCACAGCGAGUCUACCGAAAAUACGGACCGAAAGACUGCGUCGGGCUGACGGUGACGCACAUGGAGAUCAUUUUUUAUCAUUAGGACAGAGAGAAAGACGAACGUGUUUUCUCUUUUAUUUCAAAUAGUCUACUGGACCAGAUUGAUAGUCCAAACAGCUCAUUUACCACCUCAUGAGCGAGCUGUUCGUGGUGUAGCCUAAAAUACUGUCAGUGGGCUCAAUAAGAAAAUCCUUGAAGGUAUGUAGCUAGGCUAAAUCUCAUAUAUUUUAGGAAAAAUUACACUGCCUUUCAGUGAAAUAAAAUCUGUGAAAUGGAAAGGUGCUUGAUAGGUUAGAUAUUGACACAUCCUCUCCUCAUUCAGAUGUGUGGAUGUAGAAUAUCAAUGCCUAUGACUGCAGCCCAGUCAGUCAAUAGCCUAUUCGUGUUUUCAUGUAGGUUUAAUUAAGUAUAUAUAUAUUUUUUAACAUGAAUGUUUGCCAGAAGUUUACCUCUUAUGGUAGCAUUUUUCAUCACCAUGGACAGUGCACACUCAUCAGUUGUGGCAUUGAGAGAUGUCACCAAACAUGUUUUGGAAAGACGAAAAUGUACAUUAUGUAAUAUUUGGGCAAUCUGAACAUAUGGAAUUGUGAAUCUAUAUUCUGUCCGUUUUUUCCCGAACAAUUAUUUUGACUGUGUGGACUUGAAUGAAUGCCAUUCUGUCUUGAAAUUGUCCCCUAGCCUGUUUACCCGCUGGGCAGUGGACUCUUCGACACCUCAGGGCAAAUCCAUUCUCAUGUCUCAUUUUCCAAAUCAAUCUUGACAUCAUUGCACAUACUAGUGAAUAAUAACUGGGGCAAGUAUUCACUUCUGACGAAUCUUCAGCCUAUUCACCGGCUUGCUAUUCACCGGUUCUUAAAUAUGUCAUUUAAAGUUAAAUACACUCUUGGGGUGAACUAAAAUGGAUGUUGGGAGUUGGGUUCCGACCGCAGGAGAUGGGACCGCGAAUUUCACCCCGGCCAACCUCCUGCUGGAUUCCCAUAAUGGGUCCGGUCCGACACCGUGGGAUAACGGUCUGUCCAACAAUGGCCAGCAGCGCAACAUCACAGAUCAAGCCUACCGGGACUUCACCACUACCAUCCAGGUGCUCAUCCUCAUAGGAUCCCUGUUGGGCAAUGCCACUGUUCUCUGGUGUACCUGCUGUACCAAUGUCUUCAAGUCGGUGACCAGUCGCUUCAUUAAGAACCUGGCGUGCUCAGGGAUCUGUGCGGGUCUGGUGUGUGUUCCUUUUGACGUGGCUCUAGGGGCCAGCCCUCGCUGCUGUUGGUGGCUACACACUCUGCUGCUCUGCAAGGCCCUGAAGUUCCUCCACAAACUCUUCUGCUCCGUCACCGUGCUCAGCUUCUCCGCUAUCGCUCUCGACAGGUACUAUUCUGUCCUCUACCCUCUGGAGAGGAAGAUCUCAGACGCCAGGUCACGUGACCUUGUCAUCUACAUCUGGAUUCACGCCACCAUCGCCAGCGUGCCUGUGUUCGCCGUAACCAACGUUACGGACGUGUACGCAACCUCGUCAUGUUCCGACGCCCGCGCCCGCUCCCUGGGUCACAUGGUCUACGUGGUGACCUACAACGUAACCACGGUGAUCCUUCCGCUCGUUGUCGUCUUCCUGUUAAUGGUCCUGAUUCGCCGAGCCCUCAGCGCCAGCCAGAAGAAGAAGGUGAUCAUCGCGGCGUUGAGAACACCUCAGAACUCCAUCUCCAUCCCUUAUGUCUCUCAACGCGAGGCUGAGCUACAUGCUACGUUACUGGCUGUGGUGUUAGCCUUCUCAGCCUGUAGCGCCCCCUAUGGGGCGUUGGUGGUAUACCGCACUCUUCUCGGGGACGGGGAGGACUUGUCCCCUUCUCUCCAUCUCACGGCCAUCUGGCUGCCCAAGGUGUCUCUCCUCACCAACCCUCUGCUGUUUCUGACGGUGAACGGCUCAGCUAGACGCUGCCUGUUUGAUGUUCUAGUCCGGGUACACAGACGCUACAGCCGGCGUAACGUGGUCAGCACUGGGGAUCUGGGGCUGAGGGGCGAGGGAGGGUUGGGAGGGUCUGGGGCCCUGGAGGGGUCUGCUCGGGCUGGGAGCCAGCUCCUGGAGAUGUUUAAUAUCGGACAGCAGCAGAUCUUUAGGCCGACUGAUGAAGAGGAGGAGGAGGAGGUGGAGAAUGAGAGCCCUUCAUUAGGGUCUGGUGUGGGGGGCUGUUCUCAUCCCAAAGAGAACCACCACCAGGCAGGGGGAGGAGGGAGACAAGGAGGGAAGAUGGUUCGACCGAAAGAGACCGAACCAACCAGAGACAGCGUCCCGGUAACUAAAGAACAACCUCCUCUCAUAUUUCCCGAGGUCUCACCUGUCCGUGCCUGUGCUUACACCUCCUCGUCACAGGUGGCGCCAGCAACCCCCACGGAUCCCGAGGACGCCACCCAGUUUGGGUUUGGGCCGUUCGAGCUGCCGCCCCAGUGGCUGCCGGAGACCAGGAACAGUAAAAAGAGGCUCCUCCCACCGCUAGGGAACACCCCCGAGGAACUGAUCCAGACCAAACAGCCACGCCCACGGCCAGAACGACGAAUCAGCAGGAACAACAAGGUCAGCACCUUCCCCACAUCGACCCCUGAACUAUAAACCCUGAACAUUGACCUUUGAAGUGAUGACCCCUGAUCACAGUUAUGGGCGGAGGUCAGCAUGUGGAUGAUUUGUGAUCCGUUUUGUGUCAAUGACUGGGUACAAAGUCAGUGGAGGAAGCCCCACCUGACCAACCACCUGCCCAACCACCUGAUCAACCACCUGACCAACCACCUGCCCAACCACCUGACCAACCACCUGACCAACCACCUGACCAACCACCUGACCAACCACCUGACCAACCACCUGCCCAACCACCUGACCAACCACCUGACCAACCACCUGACCAACCACCUGACCAACCACCUGACCAACCACCUGACCAACCACCUGACCAAGGGCCCCCUGUAAGAGAGAACAGAAAGUACAACUCCAGAGCUCGAUGAGUCUGUCUCAUUGUUGAUUCUCUCUGUCGUGUUAUGCAGUGGUUCCCAAACGUUUUAUAGUCCCGUACCCCUUCAAACAUUCAACCUCCAGCUGUGUACCCCCUCUAGCACCAGGGUCAGCACAUUCUCAAAUGUUGUUUUUUGACAUCAUUGUAAGCCUGCCACACACACUAUACGAUACAUUUAUUAAACAUAAAAAUUUGUGUGAGUUUUUGUCACAACCCGGCUCGUGGGAAGUGACAAAGAGCUCUUAUAGGACCAGGGCACAAAUUAUAAUAUAAUAAUAAUCAAUAAUUUUGCUCUUUAUUUAGCCAUCUUACAUAUAAAACCUUAUUUGUUCAUAAAAAAUUGUGAAUAACUCACCACAGUUUAAUGAGAAGGGUGUGCUUGAAAGGAUGCACAUAACUCUGUAAUGUUGGGUUGUAUUGGAGAGAGUCUCAGUUUUAAAUCAGUUUCCACACACAGUCUGUGCCUGUAUUUAGUUUUCAUGCUAGAGGACUGAGAAUCCACUCUCACGUAGGUACAUGGUUGAAAAGGGCAUCAGUGUCUUAACGUGAUUUGCCAAGGCAGGAUACUCUGAGCGCAGCCCUAUCCAGAAAUCUGUCAGUGGCUUCUGAUUAAAUUCAAUAUUCACAGAACCGCUUGUUGCAAUUUUGAUGAGGCUCUCUUGUUCAGAUAUCGGUAGGUGGACUGGAGGCAGGGCAUGAAAGGGAUAACAAAUCCAGUUGUUUGUGUCGUCUGUUUCGAGAAAGUACCUGCGUAAUUGCUCACUCAGGUGCUUUGCUAUAUCACAUUUGACAUUGUCCGUAAGCUUGAGUUCAUUUGCACACAAAAAAUCAUACAAUGAUAGAAAGACCUGUGUGUUGUCCGUGUUAAUGCAGACAGAAAAGAGCUCCAACUUCUUAAUCAUAGCCUCAAUUUUGUCCCACACAUUGAAUAUAGUUGCGGAGAGUCCCUGUAAUCCUAGAUUCAGAUCAUUCAGGUGAGAAAAAACAUCACCCAGAUAUGCCAGUCUUGUGAGAAACUCAUCAUCAUGCAAGCGGUCAGACAAGUGAAGUUAUGGUCAGUAAAGAACUUUAAGAAAAUACACGAGAGUUCAGGGGCCUUGCUUUAACAAAGUUAACAAUUUUCACUGUAGUGUCCAACACAUCUUUCAAGCUGUUAGGCAUUCCCUUGGCAGCAAGAGCCUCUGGGUGGAUGCUGCAGUGUACCCAAGUGGCGUCGGGAGAAACUGCUUGCACGCGCAUUACCUCUACACUAUGUCUCCCUGUCAUAGCUUUUGCGCCAUCAGUAAGGAUACCAACACAUCUUGACCACUAAAGUCCAUUUGAUGUCACAAAACUGUCCAGUAUUUAAAAAAUAUCCUCUCCUGUUGUCCUGGUUUCCAGUGGUUUGCAGAAGAGGAUGUCUUCCUUAAUUGACCCCCCAUAAAUGUAACGGACAUAUACCAGGAGCUGUGCCAGUCCCGCCACGUCUGUUGACUCAUCCAGCUGUAACGCAUAUAAUUCAUUGGCUUGUAUGCAAACAUCUCCUGCCAUGUCACUGAUGCGUUGUGAAACAGUGUUGUUUGAUGAAGGCAUUGUCUGUAUAGUUUUUUUGUCCUUUUCCCCCAGCAUUGUCCCAGCCAUAUCCGUGGCAGCAGGCAGAGUUAAGUUCUCCACAAUAGUAUGGGGCUUGCCUGUCGUAGCCACUCGGUAGCUCACCAUUAUAAGGCGCUUCUAGCCCCUUCUUAUUAAUGGUAUCUGCUGCUUUUAUACAUGUCUUACUACCGAACGUUGUCUUUAUUCUCGCUCAAAAAUCUCCAGUGGCUUGUUUUUCAAAUUGUCAUGUUUCGUUUCUAAAUGUCUGCGCAAGAGUGAAGGUUUCCCGUGAGAGAGUAACGGUUAAUGUGAUUGGAUGUUAAUUAUUUGAGUAGGCUACCUGUAUUUGACAUUGUGUUGUUAUUUCGCUGAACACUAGACGGUUUCAGUUUAUUUUUGGCAGUGAAAGGAGGCGACUCAGGCGAGAAAAAAACCUCACCCAUAUGUAUAGCCCCGUUGGAAAAUAUAAAUGGACUGUUUGAAAAUGUGAAAAAAAUAGAUAGAUUUUUAAAAUGUGAAUCACAUUUUUAUUUGGCAUACCUUCGACGGCAUUGCGUACCCCAGUUUGUGAAUACCUGGUGUAAUGGAUACAUGUUAUGUAAAUACCAGGCUAGUAGGUAAAAGGCCACGCACCAGGCCGCGCACCAGGCCACUCACCAGGCCGCGCACCAGGCCACUCACCAGGCCGCGCACCAGGCCACGCACCAGGCCG